UUUACUUUACUUAAUUGAUUUGAUUUACAAACAUGUUGCUACGUUAUUGUUGUCCAAGACAUAAUCUUCUUCGUCAGAUUUUAUCAUCGAAUGAUUAUCUAAUAAUUCGUGAUAAUAAUGAAAUGUUUAUCAACAACAACAACAACAAAUGUUUAUUAUCAACAAAAUUUUGUUCGAUUGAAAAUCAUUUACCGAAAAUUCCCCAAAAAUUUAAAACAUCGUUGCUGAAUCGUGAUUUAAUAAGAUAUUUUUCCACUACAACCACCACCACUACUACCUCUGAAUCUAACGAGCUUCAUAAUUUUCGAUCAAUCAGUGCACAAAAUAAAAAAAUGAUUUCAAAAUAUCUUGGAUUAAAAUCAUCAUUUCUUAAUGAAACCGAUGCCUUGAUUUCGAAUGAUUUUCAUAAACUUUUAUUUAAUUUUUGUUCGUUGGAUGAAAAUGGUCACGACUUUCAAUUAUAUCCAUUAUAUUUUAAUAAUAUUGAUCAGAAUUUUCUCAACAAUGAACAAUUACGAAAUGGUGUCAUCGUUGAUGAUCAUGAUGAUAAUCAUGCUGAAUUUUUAUUCUAUUCAUUCGAUAGAUCUGAUAUGAAAAAUUUUGAUUAUCUCAAAUUAACCGAUAACAAAAUAUUAAUGAUAUUUGACGAUAUAUUUGAUGCAUUAGCAUUUUAUCAACAAACAAAAUUACCAACAAUUGUGAUACGUUUAUUUAAUGAUAAAAAUGUUCAUUUCCAAAAAUUUUGUCAUAAAUUAAAUGAACAUUAUGAAAAAAUAGUUUUAUGGCCAAAAAAUGGUAAUAAAUUUGAAUCGACAAUCAGGAAAAAAUGUCUAGAAAAUUUUGAUCAAGAAAAAAUCCAUUUUAUAAAUUCAAAACAAACAGCAACACAAUUAUUAUGUGAAGAUUCACGAACAAAAUUUGAUUCAUUGUUACAGGAUUUAACACCGAUUAAACAUCCUUUUAUAUUGAAUUUUCAUGAUUUAAAAGAUGAUGUUUAUAAUGAAUUUAGUGAUCCAACAAUUAGCGGUGUACAAUGGUCAAGAUUUCCUAAACUAAAUGAACAUUUAAAAGGUCAUCGUUCAGGUGAACUAACAAUAAUUACCGGACCAACUGGUUGUGGUAAAACAACAUUUGUUUCCGAAUAUUCAUUAGAUCUUUGUAUGCAAGGUGUACCAACAUUAUGGGGUAGUUUUGAAAUAAAAAAUAUUCGUUUAUUAAAAAUGAUGCUAACACAAUAUGCAAAGAAAAAUUUUUCCUUUACAAAUAAACAAGAAUUCGAUCUGGAAGCUGAAACAUUCGCCAAACUGCCAAUGUAUUUUAUGAAAUUUCAUGGUCAAACUGAAAUUGAUUUAAUAAUGCGUGCAGCUGAACAUGCUGUACUUGCAUUAAAUAUUAAACAUAUUGUUAUUGAUAAUUUACAAUUUAUGUUGGGAAUGAAUGUUGAAUCAAAUUAUGAUCGAUUUUUGAAACAAGAUUUUCUCAUCAGUUCCCUACGACAAUUUUCCACCGAUUAUGAUUGUCAUAUAACAUUGGUUGCACAUCCACGUAAAGAAAAAGAAGAAAUUUCAAUGUCAAAUAAUUCAUUAUAUGGUGGUAUAAAAGCAAGCCAAGAAGCUGAUAAUGUUAUGAUUAUAAUGAAUAAAUUUAAUGCCAGAUAUCGUUGUAAUAAAUAUAUUCAGAUUACAAAAAAUCGUUAUCAUGGUAGUUUGGGUAUUGUACCAUUAUAUUUUGAUAAAUCAUCGUUAUGUUUUUCAUCUAAUCGAACAAUUGGACAAUUGGAAUCAACGACAAUCACCAACAACAACAACAACAACAGUAAUGAUAAUCAACAACAGACAAUCUUUGAUAAUAAUGAUAAUAAAUCGGAUUUUGUAUCCGAUAUUUAUCGAAUGCGUUAUCAAAUUGAAAAUUGAAAUUUGCAUAAUUUUUUUUUUGUUGUAUAGAAUAUUAAAAACGAAUAUAUUUUUGAUGUGAAAAUAAAAUUAUAAGGA